AUGAACCUAGAUUUCGCAUGGAAUUCGGAGGUUCCACGUAUAAAGACUCCUGAUCCUAAUCUGCACUUUCCGGGACUGGCCUUGAGAAACAUUUGCGUGUUCAAUGGCUUGCCAUUUUUUUCCUCAGGGGGUCGACAGUGGAUCAAGGCACAGACAGGGGAAGACGUGGAUCUGAACCAAUAUCAGCCCCCGAAACGGAUCUCAUCGCUUCGCCCCAAGGCGACUCGCACCGUAUAUUUGCCGAGCAAAAGUCUUCUUUUUGAACGCCUCCAAGAGUACAAAUCAUCUGUCUUUUGUCAAAUAUUCCCGUUCAUUAACCCGCACCUUUUCGAUGACACAGUUCGUGCGGCUUAUCAGGAGCAAUCCACCUUAACAUGCAGCAAUGAUAGUGCCAAAGCAUGUGUCUUUGCAUUCAUGGCAGUGGCUUCUAUGUUCUCGAAUUCUACAGAUAGUCAUGGGUCUCUUGACUCCGAUCAUUAUGCCUACGCUGCUUAUGAUCUAGUACCGGAAUUCUUUCGAGACACUGUAACAACAGAAGGGUUACAGGCGUUACUUAUGUUGUGCCUCUACAGUCAAUCUGUUCUCGGUGACCAGCUGAGUGUAGAACUAUUAUUCUCGGCUGCAACUCGAUUUGUCUUCCAUCUUGGGGGCCAUAUAUUCCCUAAGAGUGUUGAUAAGGUCGGAGUACAGCCUGCGAACAGGCCUUCCUCCUAUCUUGACGACGCAAACUGUGAUCUCACACUUUGUGAAGCCACAACUACAGGUGCUCGAGACACUGGGCUAUCAUCUUUCUUCACCCCAUUCGCGCGCAUGGCAAUCAUCCAAUCGCAGAUCUAUCGCAGACUCUAUUCUGUCGUAGCUCGAAACAAAACGGAUUCUGAACUCUUAUCCACCAUUCGUGAUCUUGAUCAGCUUUUGGAAGACUGGAAGCUCUCAAUUCCCAUGGAUGCACGACCGUCCCUAACACAUCGACCGACAGGUGGUGAAGACAUACCAUCAGCUGUUUUUCAGCUGCAAUAUCAUUAUUGCAUGGCAACUAUCCAUCAAGCGAGUGGUCGCUGCAUAUCAUGGACCCAAGACACACGUGGCUCUGGCUCCAGUCUAGCCAUCAGUGUGGAGGCAAGUCGAUCACUGUUAAACAUAGUGUCACAUUCUGAGCUUCACCUUCACCGCUAUAAUCUACUGUCAGUCCACACUCCCGUUGAUAUAGCUUAUGAGGAUCCAGAAACGCCGCUUACCAUCUCUCUUUCUAGUUUCUGCCUUCCUUAUGUUACCGCUGCGAUAAUUCACCUCUUCUGUGACAUCCUUCUUAAACCUCGUGAUGUGGCCAGUCAUGCCAGUCUAGAACUGAUGGACAUGGCUCGGGAACGGAUGUUGGCACAGCUAUGGCCGCAAGCUCCUAUUUCUUUCAAGAUGCAGGUCCAGUUCGUGGAAGGCCUCAGUGUAGAAGUACAACGCCUUGCGCGAAGUGCGAUUCGGAAAGCGACUGCCUGA